GCGCAACUUUUCUUCAGCUCAACGCUAGUCCUGCUUUUGCUCCAGCUUUCUAUAUACUAUGGCUGCCCAGGCAACGUUCAAAUCCAUCAAAGCUGUCAUGCCUCUGCUUGACCGUGUCUUGGUUCAACGUUUUAAGCCAGAGACCAAAACUGCGACUGGGAUCUUCCUCCCUACGUCUGCCACCAGCAGCCCAUUACCUGAAGCAACUGUCAUUGCUGUUGGACCGGGUGCCCCAAACAAGGAGGGCAGUGUUGUACCAACAUCGGUCCAAGCUGGUGACCGUGUAUUACUUCCUGGAUGGGGUGGAAACUCCAUUAAAGUGGGCGAGGAUGAAUAUUUCCUCUUCAAGGACUCCGAGAUUCUCGCCAAGAUCCAGGAGUAAGGUUGAUGGUGGUUGUUGUCUGUAGUUAUGGUCGAGCUGGACAGGUUGGGCCUCGACAUGGGGGUGGAUUAAAAGUUUGCCGUCAUUUAACCAUGUUUAUUCAUUAAUUGCUCUGUUCACUGCAUUUUAUCGCAAUCUAUUCACAAGCAUCCCCACUC